AUGAUCGUUAAUGUCGACAUCAUGUUCAUGGCACUUGUCCCUCUUUUGCUGGCUGUGCCCGCCAAAGCCCACGUUACAUGCUGGCACCCAGCCAUGUAUGGCUAUGACCCUGACGACUUCAACUCGGUAAAGGCAGCCGACCCCCUCAUGGGCAAGACAUUUGACCAAUGGUGGUUCCACGGCGACAUUGACAAGCCUCCUGCCGACGGCCAGUACCUCGAGAUCCCCUCGGGCGGCGAGAUUCUUGGGCAGUGCUGCAACCGCAAGUCUGAGACCCCGUGGGGCGGCAACCAUGACUCGUCGCUGCACGCUGUGGCAUUCAACACCCACCUCGGCGUCCCAACCCAGAUGGGCGAGAUCAAGGGUGCAGGCUGGGCCAUUGCCUACGAGAGCGACGUCACCAAGAUCCAGCCCGAAGACUUCGUCAUGAUCUCGACAAACCAGAGCGCCCCGUACUGGCGCGAGACCAUCUAUGGGUUCCCCGCCGGACUCCCUCCUUGCCCCCAGGGUGGCUGCCAUUGCGCUUGGGUCUGGAUCCACUCGCCAGUUGGUGGCGGCCAGGAAAUGUACAUGACAGGCUACCGCUGCAUGGUCACGAACGCCGAUCCCAACGCCAAGCCACUCGCAAAGCCCCAGGUGGCCCGCAAGUGUCCGUAUGACAAGAACAACUGUACAAUUGGCGCCAAGCAGCCGCACUAUUGGUACCAGCAGGAGAGGAACAACAACUUCCAGGACGCGAUGGACCCUCCCUACUACAACCACGAGUAUGGCCUGUAUGAUGGUCCUCAGCCAGACAUUUGGCUCACCGACGACAAUGCAGAGUUUGACAGCUCAAACACUGGUGCCCCGGCUCCGCUCUACACAAUUACCGACCACAUCUUUACCACAAUUCCUUACACGGGCACUUUCCAGCUUCCUGCCACCGAGACUCCUGCGGCAUUUGUACCUGGCAUGACGACGUCGGGUCUUGGAACGCUCAGUCACACACGCGCCGACCAGGCAGCUCCAGACACGCUCUACCCGACCGGCCUCCCGACUGGACCUGCCGCAGCUCCCAACUCGUCGGCUGGGGUGACUGAUACCGCCAACAGCACUGAUAGUGCUGCUCAAACGGAUGCUGCCGCAGCGUCCACUGCCGACGUUGCAAACACUACGGAGACGGGCACUGCCGACGCCUCGGCGGUCACUGGCAACGUCAUGGCCGUCCCGUCUGUGCCCGGCCAGACGGACUUGGGUGCGGUGACUGGUGCUGCCACGCCAAUCGCGACGACGCCGCAGGCCAGCGUUACCAAGAAGUGCCACUCGAAGCGUAACAGGCGUCGGGUGCUUUGA